ACUAAACAGAAAGCACUCAGCACUAACUGUAUCCAUGACAACGGACUCAACACCUUUAGCUCAAACUCACAAUUCAAACAUGGAACCUGCGCCAGCGUCCUUUUACGGACCCCUGGAUAAAAACAAUCCCGUCUUAUCAUCUUUUCAAAGUGACUUAAAAGAGUUUAAAGCUUAUAUAAAGAAACUUUUAGGGUCGCCAAACGUCGACUACCGAUCCUACUCUAGAGGGUCCAUAAGGCUGUUUGAAACAUGGAACAAAUAUAAAUCCCGUCUUCCUCCAUCUUAUUUUGAGGAGCAUCUGUUGAAAAUAGCAGAUUUUCUCUUUGACAGUAAGCUUUACAGACUUGCUCUCUGGCAAGGUUACAGACUCUACCUCCAUCAGUUUUCUACCCUAAGCUUGGAGAGCAUUAAAGAUGUGGAAGAUUUCAAGCAGACCUUCUUUUCGGAUGGUUUUGAUACAAAAAGGGCACCACUUACUUUUCGAGCUGUGCAGGGAGAAUGUCAGUGCAUCUUCUAUUUGGAGAGAGAGAGAUGUGAAUUUCCAGACCGGAGUGGCAUUCAGAAGAUGCUGAGCAUUCUGGGAAUUCUGCGCAUUUUGAUGCAGGCUGUACUGCCCCAUGAAAGCUUAAGCUGGAUAUUGUACAAUGGAUCGUUGCACAUGUACGACAUAUGCCGAUUCCUGAUGUCUGUGGGUCUUACAUCAGAGGUUUUAGAGUACUUAAUAUGGGCUUGUACAUGUCUGGAGACGUCUAUUCCUUUACUGACUGCUGACUUCCUUCCAUGGAGGGCCACACUUUAUUGUGCAGUGUGUGAAUGUUAUUUUCAUGAUCAGGCUGGAGUUCAAGCGGAGGUGUUUGCGCAAAGAGCUCUUGGUAAGUUAAGCGAAUUGGCCAAGCUGGAGGAGGAGACUGGCUGCCCGUUGUCAUCUGAGACCCGACAAGCAUAUAGAAAUGCUACUAUAAAACUUGCAGUGAUGGUGUUUAAGCAUUUGGUGUACGAGCACCGCAGAAAACCAAAAGGACUCUUCAGACCCAAACAGAAGAUCAAUUUGAAAGAGCAGCAACAAGCUCCAUGGCCUCGUACACCCACUGGGCGUAUUCUGAUGGAGAUGUUUAAGAGUCCUGCCGCUCAGUUUCUGGCUGUGCUGGAAGCCCUACAGGACACCUCUGUCAGGCCUCUUCAGACUGGCAUGCCUGAAGAAUUUGAGGUUCAGGAGGUGGUGAUGGAGCUGAUAUCAGCUGGCAUUAGUUUACUGUCUGGAUUUGGUUCCGAACUGAAUUUGGAUGCGAGUGUACCUCUCUCUUUGAAUGCAGUUGCUUCUGUUUCUACGCUCUGUGAGAUGGCUGUAGCUGGAAGUUGUGAGAUCUCAGUAGACGCUGCAGUAAAGUUUCUGAAGCAGCUUUUCAGAUUCGAACAGUGGAGCGCGUUUUGCUCACUCUCCUCGGCCCUUAUGUCAACACUACAGAACUUGGAGGGUCGCCUGUUCAGGAAAUACGAGCUGGAAUUGAUGCUUUUGAAAGCUGUUGAAUCUUUGAUCUCUACACAAAAAGUGAAAUUUAUAAUGAAAGACACCGCAGCCUGUGGUCAAGCUGAUAAAGACAAGAAUAUUGGGUCUGCAAACAUGACAGAAGAAUUCUUCAGUCUUAUUCAGACUCUUCACGCUUGCGUCUGCAGGGCAGACAAGGAUAUCCGAGCAGAUGCCGAUUUGGUGCUGGACGUUAUCCUGUUCUUUUGGGCUAAAUGCAAGACAGUGUUUCAGAGGGCACAGAUGAGGCAAGGUUACUCUGUGCGCUACCUGGGAAAAAUGGAAAACCAUGAACAGUGGGUGGAGACCCUUCAUCUACUCUGCGAAGUGGUAUACGAGCACCAGCUGGCUGAAAUCGACUGCAUAUCAGUGGCUGAAAUGACUCUGAGAUUGGUCAUGGUGCUGGAAAGCAGUGCAGAUGCCCUGCCGCAGUCUGGCAGGAAAACAGUUUCCACCGUAGACAGCAGUGAAAAAUCCACCCCUGUUGAAAAAACACCAUGCACACUUUAUAUGAGGUCCAGAGCAGAGCAGCUCCAGACAGCACUGGAUUUGGUGGAGCGAGGUGUUGAGUGCGUGUCCAGGUGCAGAGCCAGGUCACUCAGUGGGCACAAUGCUGUCUUUGAUGAAUUGUUUAUGCAGAAAUUUGGUUACACCAAGAGUCCCAUGGGUGGAAAUAGUACACCUGACCUUGCUAUCCUUACGGAUUUACAUCUAGAGCUGCUGGCUUUCCAACACAGGCUUUCCCUCAAGCUACAUGACUCAUGUCCAGAGGAGAUCAGUUUGAUGCAAGUUAAGACCUCAGAAGCAAACAGACCCACAGAAGAGUUUGUGAUGCUUGAAAAAGUCAAGAGGAACAAGAUCUCUAAAAGCAUUUUUCUGGCGCAGAAGGCCUUACUGAAUUUUAGGAAGGACCAGACUAACAAAGAAACCAAGAAAAUACUCGAGGAGGCAAUAACGCUGAUUGAACAAGCAGAGAUGGAGGAGAAGAGACUGGUUAGUUCUUCAUCAUCUUCUGCAGAGAUCAGUUUAGGAGGGGCAGAGAAGAAACAACCUCCACCAGCUCCAAUACUCCUCUCACGCUCCAACCACUCAAUGACCUUCACACCAGCACCAUACGCACUUGAGGAUGAGGUUUGCUGGUAUUGUAUUUAUGGUAAAGAGGUUGAGGGGGUCAACUUGAAGGUGCGACUUAAAGACUGCAACCUGCGUGGGACUGGAGAUGUGAUUCCUGCCAGAGGUGAAUGUCUGCUUGACGUAAGUGGGUUGGAGCCAAAUCAGAAGUAUAUUUUUGCAGUGGCUGCUUUUAAUGCUCAGGGCAGGAUGGUGGGUGGUGCUAUUGGAGAAACCACCAGGCCUCUGCUGGCCUCUUUACCUCUACCUUUGCUAACAGCCUGGGCACACCUAGCUCAGGUGUCUUAUCAAACAGGAUUUUUCACCCUUGCCAAGCGAUCUUGUAAAGAACUUUGGAGUCACUUUACCCUUCCUUCAUGCUCAGAUCCCGAGAGCCCUAAGCCCGAACAAGAAGAUUGCUUUGAGGGACUCGCUCGGACAAGGCUCCACCCAGCUACCCUACAGCUUUCAUCUCCACUCCUGCAUCAGCUUUUUCUUUCCACCAUUUUCAUCCAGACAGACAUUCACAUCCAAGAGGGGGCGCUAUACUGUGACAGCCUCUAUGAUAGAGGGCCUUUGAUUUGGGGCCAGGAGGCCAGACUUGCAGAGUGUGAGCGGAUGCUGGUGGCCGUAGAUCUUGCUCUGCACAUCAAUGACAGUAGUAGCACGCUGCAAGCUGUAGUGAGCUGUUACGGCCUUCUCGCCCCAAUAAUCUACCAUCAGAUCCCUUCCGAGCCUGUCAUAGAGGUGCUGCUCAAGUGCUUCACUGUUCUCCUGGAGAUCCCUGGUCUGCUUAAGCAAAAACGUCCGGUUGCCGUCACAGAGUCCCUCCAGCACAUGGUUGCUUGUAUGACGUACUAUCUAGCCAAGAGCCUGAACUUCGCUCAGGAAACUCGCAUGGCUUCAUCCGUGAUAGAGCUUGGAAGGACGCUGCUUCAGGAGAUCUCGGAGCCUUCACAGCACCCCCCCAACAAACAAGUACAGCAGGACAAGAAGAUGGAAGCUCUUGCCUAUAAUGAACAUCUAAAAGCUUUGGAUGCCAUUUUUAUGAAAAGCGUGCAUUCUGGCGACUAUGAUGUCACUUUCUGUAACAAAACAGUUUCAGCAUCUCAAGAGCACGAUCUCACUGGACAUGAAGACCCAGUUGUGCUAUACAUGGUGAUCAAAAACAAGCCCCUCCAGAAUGCCUUCCAAGAGGUGAUGAAAUUCAAACAGACGUCUUGUUUUCUGGAGUUUUUGAUAUGCUUGCUCCAGAAGGCCCUGGAAGAAGAUCAGCUAGAUUUGGUUAUGCAGUGGGAGCCAAACAUCUUGGAUUGCCUCUGCAGACGUGAUGAGGCUCUGUUAGCUAUAAAGAAGCGUCCAAGUCAAGCAGUGGAAGAAUCUAAAGGGUUUACAACAUCUGUGAUUGAGUACAACACCAAGAAGCAGGAUAACACCAGUUGCGGUGGCAAAAAGUCACGACGGAAAAAACUGCUAAGUGCAUUCAAGAGCAACAACUCUAAAAGAGAAAUCAAAGCUUUAGACAUCCUGGUAAAUAAACUGACUGCUAUAAUCCGAAAAAAUGGGCAUGGCUGGAAGCUCAGGAAGAUCCGCUCCGAAGAUUCACUUUGGCGUUGUCACGUCAACCUAAGCCUGGCUCGUGCCCACCUAGGUCUGCUAAGGAGGAACCUGGGACCACCUCCCCAGCUCUGUUUCAGUCAUCUGCCCCUGUCCUUUUUCUCUUUGGCCCACUGUGGAACGCUAGUCAUGUGGAAGAACGUUCCACAGCGUAUCCGUGCACCUGAACUUCCAGAUCCCAAAGCUGUAUCCCAUCCUGGAUGGCAUACCAGUCAAAGGGAUGUAAAGGACAUGGACACUAACCAUGGAGAAUCAAACAGCAAUGAAGAGGACAGUGAAACGGAUGAUGAAGUGGAUUCAAAGGUCCAGUACACACACAUCUCUGAAAGAAAUGGGCAGUUUCCAGUCGAUGGUCCCCCUGCAGAUCAAACAACCUCUCAGUUACUGGACACGCUCAACAAAGCCUCAAUACAUAUGCGCAGAGCCAUGGUGUUGGCACAUCGCUGGGGCCAUUGGACGACUUUACAAUGGGCAUGUCGGACACUGUGGGACCAGUCGAGCACGCUGAUCCUGAUGUUGGAUCCUGAUGCCCUUAGCGGACAGCUGACGUUGGAGCAGAUCUACUCUGUGCUCACUCCGCUUCUGGUGUUGGCCUCAGAUCUUCUCAUGGACAUGAUGGAGAAACUGAAGCUGUGGAAUGUUUAUGAUACAGAGGAGGAGGAGCUUGAAACAAGCCUGUACUUUUCUGCCCAAAUGGAUGAUGGGACAGUGGUGGAUCUGCGCUGGUUGAGAACCCUGGUGCUCCAUACACUAGAGCUUUUGUACUACCAGGCCAAGUGGGAGAAUCUUGCUCACCUUGCUCUGCUUUUUAACACAUACACAAGGGAGCGCUAUUCACACGUGGUAACGCCUAUUCUGGUGCACGCACAGAGAAGGCUGUUGGACAGGAUCAAGUGUUUUGGGGGCCCACCAGCCCCCCAGCCUCACUUCACCUAUACUGAGAUGAUCACUGGAGAGAAGGUGACCUGCAGGAAUUAUGCAGAAAAACAGUUGCUGUUUCCCUGUGGCAAAGGUCCGCUGACUAACAAUGAUUCCCACUCAGAGCUUGCAGAUGUGAAGAGAGCCAUGUGUCUGGUGUGUGUACCGCUGGAUGUAGAUGACACACUUCGUUGUUUCAGAGAGACUAUGGAGAGACGACGCUAUGCACUAUUGACCUUUCAGCACAGCCGAAAUCUACUUUACCUACUGCUGGCGGACACCCAGCACUCGUAUGUUAAGGUGCCAUUCUCCAAGAAACCCAGUGGUGUUCUUCAAGGAAAGGUGGAGUUCAGCUUGGCAGCAACCACCCCACCGGGCAUCAGCCCUUUAGAUCUGUCUGCCGAGGAUUACAGCACUCUGGGCUCCAUCUACAGCACCACCCUGCCUCCAUCACAGAUCCAGACUGUCCUCUCUUCUUACAACAAUGCCAUCAAAUACCUUCAAGCAAAUAAGUACAACUCCCUGCAGGUUCGAGCACUCCAUGACCUUGGAAACCUUCAUUUCUACAAAGGAAAUCGAAAGUCUGCACAUUCUUUUUGGAGUAAGGCCUUGGACUGUGCUCUCCAAACUUCUGGAGUUCUGGAAUCUUGGGAUGGUGACUCAUGGAGCAGCAGCACCUCUCAGGAAACCCUGCGGCAUGCUGGGAUAUGGGGCUGUCUCCAGGGUGCAUUGCUUUCUGCCAAGAUUGCACAGCACAUCCUAACCUCCAACAUCAACCAGCGUACAAAAUGCUGCCUCCUAUCUACCAAACUCUUCAAGUGCCUACUGAUGGCCUCUAUGCCUCAUCCGAUGAUGGACCUGGCAUACUCUACGUACUCAGUGGAGACCGAAUUGAUCCCAGGAAUCGAUCUCUUCUCUGAGCCGGAUCGGGGGAAUCUCGGCACUACCGUUGCCAGUUUGUCUUUUCUCUGCCAUUGGCUGUAUAACUCAGGGCACUUUCUCAAGGCUCUUCCUGUGCUGGCUCUCUACCUGUAUAUUGCCAAAACUGUGUGCCGGGAUCCACACCUCACUGUCUCAUGUCGAAUACUAAAGGUAAAGGUCCUUACAGAGUUGAGGAUUUUCAGUCAGGCAGUAGAAGAGCUCAGCAGUCUCACAUUUGGUAAAGACAUCCCCUUGCCUCAUGGCGGCAACCACAGAACAGAGGAAUCAUCUUGGGCAGCAAAUCGAUUUAUCGAUGGGAAGCCUCUGUUGGAUCCUUUAAAUCUUCAGGUUCUGGAGGAUGUGAUUAACAGGAGCCCAAGUGAAGACAUUAAGGCUCUUUAUGGCUCAAAACUGACCAGGCGGCUCCUGAUGGCCAGAGUUCAUCUGAUAUUAACUAUAUGUAGCACUAUACACAACCUGCCUGAACCAUUAACAACAGAGGUAUCAGAGAGCUCGGACACCUUCAGCGGUGAUGAUUCAAACUGCAGCAAGAUCAAAAAGGCGAAGGGUCUCCAGCUUAAAUCCAGGAAGGUCACACUAACAUUAGCAGAACUUAAGGCCAUACUUCUAAAAGAAGCACAUGUUCUGGUUAGUCCCGAAAUCUUUACCUUGCAGCCCCUAAAUACUGAUCCAGAAGAACUGGAGCUAGCGGUGGAGAUCAGACUGUUGCAGUCCAAUAUCAACCUGCAGCAGGGCCGAAUGGCUGCCAGUGCAGAUCUGGCAGUGUCUGCUAUCAGUCUUCUCCAGAGCUCUCCUGUGUUUCAAAGUGAUUUCCGCCCGAUACCACCUCCCAGACCUCCGUCCUCUACCCUCAGACGAUCCAGAUCCAAAGCACAUCAGAUCAGCUCUCCGGAGCCGAAGUCUAUUCUUAGUUUCCAAACUGGAGAUGUUCCAUCAUGGGUGGAUGCUAGAGAACGCAUGGAUCGCCUCUUCUGGCUGCGCUGCAGGCUGGCGGUGGUCUGCUCUCUUGUAGGCCAUAUCCCUGGAACGUCCAUCUACUCUGAUGUAGACAGCAGUGCAGAGGCAUUCAGGGUGCUGAAAGAAGGUCUAGCGGAGGCUGAAGCCUGGGGAGAUCCAGACACUACAGCCUUGCUGCUCUUACAGGGCGUCCAAUUGAACACACACCUUGGAAAGGCCAGAGAGGACAGUACCUUGAUGUUACAAGAGAUUGUCAGCUUGUUGUCCGGACGCAUCGCUUUAUCUCAGCGCUCCCAAAUGGCUCUGGCUGAGGCUGCAUUGCUACUUAGUGAGCUGAGAGGAACAGGAAGUCAGACUCUUCAUCUGAUCACACAAAAACUACUACAGCAACAGCUCUGUGCCCUUGGAGAGUCUGUGGAUCUCAAUAAAGGAGGCGAGGUGGAACUGCAGUCUGAAGGCCUAAAGAAUAUUUAUCUUCUGCAGCUCCCCAUGCUGGCAAAGACCACCAUGCGGAUGGGUCAUUCAUUGGCACUACAAGCUCUGCUGGGUUCCUCAGAGGAAGCUGAGGAGCCCUGGAGACCCUUGGUAUCUGCUCAUGAAGUUCUGCAGUCUGCACUAAACAUCUCACAGGCUUCUGCCAACAGAGACCUUCAGCUGGAGGGUGAUAUCCUCUACUGCACAGGACUGCUUGGUAGACAUCUCAUUUCUAUGCAAAAAUCGGAUCCCCAAAAGGUCUUGGAGGCCUUAUUACAGUGCGUCCACAAUCAUAGUCACAACCUAUUGCUAAUACAUAGGUGCUAUCUUGAAAUGGCAUUGGUAUACUUGCAACAGUGGGAACAACCUGCACAUCUGACUCCUCCCACUUCUCCAACACCAGAUGAAGCCAGCAAGGUGCUUCGAAAUGAAACAGAUGGAGAGACACAUCUACUGGUCUUCUGGAUUUGUUUGAGGAUGGCUUUAAAGACAUCAGAAGCUAUUGACAGUUGUUAUCGAUUUCAUGGAUUCACUGAAGAUACUGAAAGCCACUUGUCGCCUUCCUCAAUUGAAGCCCUGCCUGAUUUUGCAUCGAAUGAUCUCCUGCACACCUGGGCAGGGAGUCUGGAGAACCGUGGGAAUCUUAUGAGCAAUACUGAAGAGUUCAUGGAUACCGGGCAUGAGCUGAACAGCAGGAAAUGCUCUCAGCUGACCUGGGUUCAUUUGUCUCGGUACUACACACACCUACUCAACCUUUUGCAGGUGUCCUCAAGACCAGUGAAGGGUGCUGAUGGGCUGCUGUCCGUGGCUGGUGAUUGUAAUCUUUCUCCGAGACUCUCACAGUUACACACCUUUUUCAGCCGUCACCUGCCAUCUUACAAAGAGCGGUGGGCUGUUCCCGACCCACCUGCUGCUGUAAUACUUAAGCCUCAGCUUAUACAGGCAUCUCUUAGCCAGGAAGGUGAACCUGUGCCAAAUCUGUACCCCUGGGCCAUCGCUGACACUCAAGAACUUUGCAUCCAGUGGUACAGACCUACCUUACAGGACAGCAUGAUUUUGCUUGUCUUUGCCCUAAAUAAUGCUCCUCUGUCGGCUAUAAGCCCUACUGCAGAGGCUGCGGCUGGACUGCAGGCAGGACAGAAAUUGGUCUGUUUGGACAGGCUAAAGGCUGUUCAUGCCUUACUGAGAUCAGUAUGCACAGAGGCGGAUGUUUCACCCAUCACAAGUUCCACCUCUUCCAUCAGUUCACAAGAAGAGGAGCAGACCACAGCAGCCACCUCCACACCUCCCAGACAGCAGGAGAUCCUUUGGGAAAAGACUACACUUGUCUGUACUGAGAUCAGGGACUUACUGAAGCCUGAUUUAAACUUAACACCCAUUAGAGAGGUGCCCUUUGACCCCAGCAUGCAGACUCUUCGUGACCUGGAACUCUGCUUUAAUCCCUCGACAGGGAGCACACUGUGCGACAAGGGCUUUAUUACUUGGCUGCUCUCUCUUAUGAGUUAAAAAAAACUCUUAACAUUUAAAGGGACACUUCACUUUUUUGAAAAAAAUCUCAUUUUCCAGCUCCCCUAGAGUUAAACAUUUGAUUUCUACCGUUUUGGAAUCCAUUCAGCUGAUCUCUGGGUCUGGCGGUACCACUUUUAGCAUAGCUUAGCAUAAUCCAUUGAAUCUGAUUAGACCAUUAGCAUUGCGCUAAAAAAUAACCAAAGAGUUUCGAUAUUUUUCCUAUUUAAAACUUGACUUUUCUGUAGUUACAUCGUGUACUAAGACAGACAGAAAAUUAAAAGUUGCGAUUUUCUAGGCAGAUAUGGCUAGGAACUAUACUCUUAUUCUGGCGUAAUAAUCAAGGACUUUGCAUGUAACAUGGCUGCAGGUGUAGUGAUAUUACGGACUGCCCAAAAGUCCCCUUAGUUACUUUCAAUAGCUGGGAACUAUUUUCAGGUGCUGCUUUAUAUCAUUGCGCCUGCUGCAGCCAUGUUACGCCACAAAGUCCUUGAUUAUUACGCCAGAAUAAGAGUAUAAAAAUCGCAA